GUGUUUCAUGGGCAGGCGUGCAGCGACUCAGCUUCGCACUUGCGCAGUUCGGAGAAUGUGUCAGUUGGUUCGUAGCAGAGGUUCAACUCGGAGCUCUGUACUGGCUCGGACCGUGAGAGGUCGCCUGUCUCCGCAUCGAGUUCUUAGUCCAGUCCGACGUUUUCGUUGUCUGUAGCCGAUCCCUUCGGUGAAAGUUUUUUGGAGGAGGAUUCGGUUGUUUUGAAGGCAGGGAAUGAAUCCUCCAGCUGAGAGCCGUGGCGGUACUGGGGACCCAGAGAUGGGUCGACCAGUCCAGGAGCCUCUGCGGCGCACUUCCAAUGCCGCUCAAGCAAAUGCCCUGUUCCGCAAGAAUCUUACGUAUCAGAAACGGAAUUGGAAAACAAACUGCUGCCUGGUGGCCUUCCCAAUCGUGCUGUGCGUUCUUCUUGUAGUGAUGCAAUUUCUCAUCAACUCCUUCAUUGGCGACCGCUUCAAGUGCGGCUGCAAAGACGUGCCCAAUUCGAACGGGGUCGGCACAACGAAGCAGUGUGGGCUACAAUUCUCUAAUGCGGAUGAAGCUCCGUUUUGUGGAAUCGAUAGACCAUACCCGUGGCCAUCCAUUUUGCAGGUUCCAAGUCCGCAGUACCGUGCAACUAGAAGUACAGAAUAUCCUGAUUUGGCUCAGGAUGCUUCUUGUCGUUCAGCCGAUACUUGUGCUACUACAAUUCCUUACACCGGGACUAACAAAACCGCUGCCGAUGCCUUGGCGGGGUACCUUUUGGGUACUGGUUCAUUAGACCUCCUCAAUCCACAGACGUACUCUCUUUCCAGUGUUGUACCGGGUACAGAUACCAUUCCAAUCGGCUCUCUUUUGUUCGAGUCGGCAUUUACCUCUCCGAGGCCUAUCUACAUUCUUCGACCCAAUUGUACGAACUCGAAGGACAACUUCAAUUUCACCGUCAAUGUUGGCGGAGGAUUUCAGCUCAGCAAAGAUUUUGCAUGCUUGGAAACCAGGCCAUUGUGGCGCGAAAAUGCUUCCUCGGUGAACUCCAUGCUAUUUGCAGGCUACCGAGGGGGCAAUGAACGAAAAGAAGUCAACGAAGUCCCAGCCGCUUACGACUUCCGGCGCACCACCCCAGCGAGGUUCGAUGUGAAUAUAUGGUAUAACGAAACCUUUGCCAACAGGACGUCUCGAGGCCCGCCGUCUCUCAUGCGUGUGACUCGCUCCUUGAACAUGGCUGCACAAGCCUUCUUGCGUUUCAAGUUGGGCCCAACAGUUGAACUACCAUUACUGUUCGUGAAAGAAAUGCCAAAAGUGGGCACGCAGCUGCGCCUUGACUUCUCAUCAAUCAUCGGGCCUCUGUUUUAUAUGUGGAUCUUGGGUUUCCUGUUUCCCGUGGUUCUGACCGCGCUUGUGUACGAGAAGCAAUAUCAUCUUCGCAUGAUGAUGAAAAUGCAUGGACUUGGCGAUAGCGCUUACUGGGUUAUCACAUACUUCUAUUAUCUGGUCCUAUUCUGUAUUUACAUGAUCUGCUUCAUCGUGUUCGGCUCCAUUAUUGGGCUAAAAUUCUUCAGAAUGAAUUCGUACAGCUUACAAAUUCUGUUCUACUUUCUCUACAUCAAUAUGAUUAUUUCGCUUGGCUUCAUAGCGUCCAAUAUCUUUCGGAAUGUUAGAACGGCCACAGCCUUCGGCUAUUUGUACGUAUUUGGAUCCGGAUUAUUAGGAGCUUUCUUCUUCCAGAAUUUUGUUGUAGACUUGAACACAGACAGAAAGAUCAUUACCGCAUUGCAGAUCAUCCCUGCAUUUGCAACGUAUCGUGGACUCUAUGAGUUUGCCGAGUAUUCUUUUCGGGGAGUCUACAUGAACUCGAAGGGAAUGCAGUGGAGCGACCUUAAUGACGAAAAGAAUGGACUGCGAACGGUUCUGAUUAUCUUGUUCAUCGAGUGGGUUGUUUUUAUGCUACUCAACUUGUACUUGGACCAAGUGGUGGCAUCUGCAAGUGGAUUGAACAAACAUCCCCUGUUCUUCUUGAAGUUCAAACGUAAAGGCAGCAAAGCCAAAGGCGCUAUGAGCGCAAGCUCCAACCACACAAGCUCCCGCAGAUUGUCUCGCAACUUCUCUGCCAACUCGAAAUCUUUAACGCACAUCGACGAAGGAGACAAACGAUCAGUGGGGUUAAAGGUUACCGAACGGUCAGACGUCGCUAGAGAGAAAGAAGUGGCGGAGGAGUUGGCUGCCAAUCCCAGCAAGGAUUACCCAAUAGUAUGUGACAAUCUUAAGAGAGUGUACCCUGCUCGAGAUGGGAACCCACCCAAGUACGCUGUGCGAGGGUUUUCUUUGGCUGUUCCGCGGGGUGAAUGCUUUGGAAUUCUGGGGCCCAAUGGCGCAGGCAAGACGAGCUCCAUCAACAUGAUGAUUGGGUUUUUGAAGCCAACUGCUGGCACUGCUUACAUACAAGGGAUGAACAUUGUUACAGACAUGGAUCGUAUUUACUCGUGCAUGGGUGUUUGUCCUCAGCAUGAUUUGCUAUGGGGACAAUUAACUGGGCGGGAGCAUCUUUUGUUCUACGGCCGCUUGAAGAACUUGAAAGGGACAGAACUCACCAAUGCUGUUGAAAGUUCACUACGAAGUGUCAAUCUGUUCGAGAAUGGAGUAGGGGAUAAGCAGUGUCGGAAGUAUUCUGGUGGGAUGAAGCGGAGGCUUAGUGUUGCCAUCUCUCUCAUUGGGAACCCACAGGUGGUCUACAUGGAUGAGCCUAGCACUGGCCUGGAUCCAGCAUCUCGUUACAACCUCUGGAACGUGGUGAAGCAGUCCAAGCAAGACCGUGCAAUAAUCCUGACAACCCAUUCUAUGGAGGAGGCUGAAGCUUUGUGUGACCGUCUCGGAAUCUUUGUUAACGGCGAGCUGCAAUGUAUUGGCAAUGCUAAAGAGCUUACUGCCAGAUAUGGAGGUCUGUAUGUGCUGACCAUCACGACACCUCAGGAAGAGGAAUCUGAGGUGAUUGCGUUGGCAAAGUCGCUCUCACCUAAUGCAAACAAAAUCUACGGCCUGUCAGGCACACAAAAGUUCGAGUUACCAAAAACGGAAGUAACAGUAGCGACAGUGUUCUCUGGUAUUGAAGAAGCUAAGAAUCGCUUGCACAUUCAAGCGUGGGGUCUCUCCGACACAACAUUGGAAGAUGUGUUUAUUAAAGUUGCACGAGGAGUGGAUGGUGGGAUUCAGCUUCAAUGACAUGCUGUAUAGGUUGAUAAUCGUAUGCUCACGGAUGAAUAAUGCACACCUUGCAGAGUUCAAGUUUUUCUAAUUUAAGAAUUUCCUACCCUAUUACUAGUAUGUUACGUUGUGUUAGUGUCACUGACUCGUCCAUAGCUCUGUGUUUAAUACCAGAGCUAUCGACUCUUUUUAGAAAAGUUCAAGGUUGACGAAUGCAGUGAAAAUCUCAUUAAAUAGUGGUUGAUUUAGACCACAAGUAGAGUCAAUGCAGAUUAGGAGUAUGUCACCUCUUAUUCUAAUUAGUCUAUCUUACAGCAAGAAAUCCUCGCGCAACAAGUAACGCAUGAGGAGAAGUACGAGAUCCCAAUGCAACUCGCCUCAUAUUUUGUAACGUUAGACGGGCAUGUAAAGAUGGGCUCAAGUAGGGGAUUAGUGUGGCAUAUAUAUUCUUCAGUAGAUCUCACUCGAGGUCAUGACUGUUGGAAUCUAGUCCCUCUGAUUUUGCUUCGUCGGGACUACCACUGAAAGUUUUCAUUUCGGGCGCAGCAUGAAAAACCUCCUUCAUAGAAAUGCUGCAUGCACAUCGAAGUUUGUAAGGUGACUUAUGGUUUACAAAUGUACCUCAAGAGAAAUGGAUUUACCUAUUGAGGAGACA